AUAAAUUUGUUUGUCUCAUCAGCGUCGUCAUUGCGCUGAGCCGCCUCGUUGGCCGAACCGAGUCCUUGAGAAGACAAAACAGCGGAGCCAUGACAAAAUGUACGAUUCAUUCAUUCACACUAUCGGGAAUGUGGAUACUAAAUCUUAUUUUCUUGUCCUCUCUAGUUUCUUUUACCGUGAUGAUGCUGACCCAGCUUUUCCUCAGCGUGGCCAGCGCUCCGAUGUGUGCCUACGGACAAGCCGGGUGACCCCUUCCCACCUUGGCCGACCUCUUUGAGCGCGUCAUGCAACAGUCGUCCAGGAUGCACGGCAUCCCCACUGACCUCCACUCGCAAUCUGACCACUACUUGCUUCCCAGCCGCAACAUGCUCGGAAAGUGGAAAUGUCACACGCAUGAUAUCCUGACACCGGCUGACAAACAGAAUGCAAAAAGUCUGGAUAGAGAGAAGCUGACCGAGGUGAUCCUGAGGCUCCUGGGGGCCUGGGGGGACCCCUUGUCGCAGCUGCACCAGAGCAUGCUCAAGGACCAAAACCGCAACAAGAACCGUGAGCGGGAUUUAAUCCGCUUGAACUUCAACAAGGCUCUGGAGAUGAGUGACGUGAUGCAAGAGCUGAGGGUUGGAGUCUUAAAAAUGGCAGAGAAGGUGAGCGAUGGAUUACGUUAG